AAGAAAAAGAAAAAAAAAGAAAAAAAAAAAAAAAAAAAAAGGGGAAAAAGGAAAAAAAAAAAAGGGAAGGAAGGAGAAAAAGGAAGAGGAAGAGAAAAAAAAAAGAAAAAGAAAAAAGGGGGGGAAAAAAGGGGAGGGGGAAAGGGGAAA